AUGGCCGGUCGGGAGCCGACGGAUGCCAAACCGCGGGAAGAAUCUGGGGAUGACGGUGAAGGAGAGUUGAUGCAGCCGGCGGAUAUGGGUCUGGAGCUAGUUGUCGAGGAGUCCCCGGUGAUAGUGGAUGCCGACCGGUCUCAGGUAAGUGCUGACAGUGUGGAACCUUGUAUAUUGGGUAGUUCUCUAUCGGGGCCGGGGGAAACCACGUUGGGGGGGCAUGUGUCUCAGGGUUUGGUGGACAGUGUCCCGCCCGAGGGUACUCUGGUUUGUUCUGGGCCAGGUUCUGCGGUCGACAGUGGCUUAGGCGCGGUGCAAUCUGGACAACAUGAUACGACGGCCAGGACAGGGCCGGCCCUCAGGGGUAAUCUGUUGCGUGACGAUAGUUGUUGGUACAAGGGGUCCAGCCAUACCGAGGCCAACAUGGAGCCUGUCGUCGAGGGCAUUCCAUGGUUGCUGUCUGAGGAAGCAGUGAGCCCUGCAUGCGGUGACGUGGCUGUCGAGGACAGCAUGUCCCAGGGACGUGGUUUGGGGACGGACUCUUCGGGGAUGGUACCUGAAGAGGGGUCGGAUGGUCUGGGAGAUCCACUCGGUGUAUCGAAAGAACGCCUGUCAGACCAGUGUUGGCAGCAGCGGAUGGCACAGCGCGAGGCAGAGGAGUUAGUACCAGGUGGCAUGGAUGAUGGGGUUGAAGUGCCAGAGGCUUUCGUGGAUGCUCAGGAGUGGUCCGAGCAACUAUUGAUGGCUUUACAGCAAUUCCAGCUGUUUCAGCAGCGUCACGACGAGCCGGUCGCUGACGCUUCUAUGGAUUCCAAGGAUGUAGAACGGUUGUCUCACACUGGGUUGAGGGUGGAGGAUGAUAGACCAGCAGUGUCGGUUUUGUUCAAACGGGUCGAGGUGCCUCGUCCAAAACGGCCGCCUCUACGUUUGUUGCCAGGAGUUUUGGACGAGCUUGUUAAGUUGAGACCUGGUAGCGUGGGGUUCGAGUACAGCCACGCACCGUGCUAA